UCACCGUUGUCAACAAAGUCCAUCACUUUAGCUUUAUUAUUCGAAGAACAAUACACGCAAACGAAUCAGAUACUAACAUCAAUUGCUCCCAAAAAGCCAAAAAAUCCAAACUUUGAAGUAAACCCAUUGCCUCUAAAUUCAAAUUCUUCUCUUUUUUGUGUUAUUCUGCAAAAAAUCCAAUCUUUUUUUUUCUGCAAAAAGGUGGGAUUUGUGUUUUUAUUUUGGUCUUGUCAAUGGCGGAAGACUUUGCAAAGGCAGUGGAAGAUGGUUUAAAGCUAGCGAAACGGAUAUAUUUAGGUAAAGACAAAGCAGUUAUGACGGCGCCGAAACCGCCGUCUCCACCUGUUCAAGGUUUAGCCGAUUAUUACUUACCAUCUGCGCCGAUGGUUUACGCGGUUAUAUCCGACCCGGGGUUUGUUGAUAACCCAGAUUUCCCUAGUUAUCAGCCUCACGUGUACGGCAGGUGUGAUCCACCGGCUUUGAUUCCAUUACAGAUGAGUGGGGUUGAUCUUGAAGUUAAUUGUUAUGGGGAUACUGCUUUUGUUCAAAUUUCUGGGAAAUGGAGGGUCCAUUGUGUUAUGGGUAGUCAUUCUUGUGAUUGUCGUAUUGCUGUCCCUAUGGGAAACCAGGGUUCAAUUCUAGGUGUUGAGGUUGAUCUUCCUAAGAAAUCCUAUUCUACUGAACUAGUAGGACUAGAAGAAAGUAAGUGUAUCGAAAAGAUAGCGAGACCGCAAGAUGGUGGUUUUAUGAAGCCGCAUAUAUUCAUGUUAACGAUACCGCAGGUUGAUGGGGGUACUAAUAUCUCGAUUAAGCUUCGUUGGUCUCAAAAAUUAUUGUAUAACGACGGUCAGUUUACUUUAACUGUGCCCUUUAGUUUUCCCGAAUAUGUUACUCCGGCUGUAAGGAAAAUAUCGAAGAAAGAAAAGAUACAGUUGAAUGUGAACUCCGGUAUCGUAACCGGCAUCUUGUGCAAGGCUACGAGCCAUCCUUUGAAGGAAACAAAACGGCAUGCCGAGAAGUUUUCGUUUUUGUAUGAAUCUGAAGUUCUGACUUGGUCUAAAACGGACUUUAGUUUCUCUUAUAGUGUCUCUUCGAGUAACAUGUUCGGAGGCGUCCUUUUACAGUCUCCACCUUUAUAUGAUCAUGACCAAAGGGAUAUGUUCUGUGUGUAUCUUUUACCGGGAAGUCAAAAGAGUACGGAGGUGUUCAAAAAGGAGGUUGUAUUUGUCAUUGAUAUAACUGACAGCAUGCAAGGGAGACCACUUGAGGCUACUAAGAAUGCAAUAUCUUCUGCCAUGUCUAAACUCGGUCCUGAAGAUUCAUUCAACAUUAUAACAUUCAGUAGUGAGACUUCUCUAUUUUCAACAUCCAUGGAGUUGGCUUCCAAGGAAGCAAUCGAAAGGGCCACGACAUGGCUUAGCACGAAAUCAACUGUUGAGGGCAGUACAUGUAUAUCAAUUCCACUAGAACAUGCAUAUGAGAUGCUAUCAAACACAAGUGGUUCACUUCCGAUGAUUUUUCUUAUUACUGAUGGGGCUGUUGAAGAUGAGAGAAACAUAUGUGACCAGAUGAAAAAGCGUUUGAAAAACAGUGGAUCACUCUGUCCACGCAUACAUACUUUCGGGAUAGGUUCAUUUUGUAAUCAUUAUUUCCUCCGCAUGCUUGCCAUGAUCGGUAGGGGAGAAUUCGAUGCCGUUUGUGAUCUAGAUCUAAUCGACAAUCGGAUACAAAAAUUAUUUAGCAAUGCUUUCUCUACCGUUCUUGCCGAUAUAACCGUUGAUGCAUUCAAUGAUCAUGAACAAAUUGAGGUGUACUCUUCAUGCAUUCCCGAUCUUUCAUUUGAAAGUCCGUUGACAAUAUGCGGGAGGUACGAAGGCAGUUUUCCCGACACCCUUAAAGCUAAAGGUAUCUUAGGAGAUUUGAGUAGCUUUGUGAUGGACUUGAAGAUAGUAAGGGCUAAAGACAUACCUCUCGACAGAGUAUUAUCAAGACAGGAGAUCGAUCUACUCACGGCUCAGGCAUGGCUCUCGGAAAAUAAACAGCUCGAGCAAAAGGUUGCACAAUUGAGCAAAGUGACUUGCAAUAUCUCUGAGUAUACCCGAAUGGUCCUGCUCGAGAAAAAUAAAAUAGACAAGGCCAUAGAAUCUUCCGGAGCUCAAAAGGUAAAGAAAACCGAUCCCCACAAAAUCAAGGAUCCUUUAGCGCCUCGAAAGACACUGCUUCAAAGCCUUUCAGUUGGCUUUGGUGACCUAACUGCAACUGCCGAAAACAUCCGUCCAGGAUUCGAACAACAGAAAUUACCUGACGCGGCCGAGGUUUUCUUGAAGGCAACAUCGGAUUGUUGUGGUCGGAUGUGUAAUCGAUGCUGUUGCAUGUGCUGCAUACAAUGUUGUUCAAAGAUGAAUGAUCAAUGUGCCAUUGUAUUAACACAGAUUUUCACUGCAUUGGCAUUCAUUGGUUGCAUUGAAUGUUGCACAUUGUGUUGUGGACAAGAUGGGCAAUAAAAUGAAGUCCCUGCUGUGUUAUAAAUUUGUUGUUGUUGUAUAUUGGUGUUUAUAGUGUAUACAAAUAUAUUUAUAUUUAUUUGGUUGUACCACACGCAUUGUUAUACGAAACUUAUGUGAUAGUCUAAUGAUAAAGGUGUUCAUCACCCCAUAUGUAAUAUGAGUUUGAGUCAUGCUAGUCGCAUUAUUAUUGUUAGGGCUUUGUUCUCUUCUUGUAAUUCACCAAAAAAAUGAGUAUUUAAUACAUUAUGAAUUUUCUUUUAUUA